AUGUGGUUUUUCGGAUUCCUUUCACCCGCUCUUGCCCUAUUCUCUGUUGUCUCCGCCGCUGAUAGCCCCUCCGACGUGAUCAACCUCACAACCAACACUUUCGAUGCUGUAGUCAAGCCUGAGCCCCUUAUUCUUGUCGAAUUCUUUGCGCCAUGGUGCGGUCACUGUAAGGCCCUUGCGCCUCAUUAUGAGGAGGCUGCAACUGCGCUCAAAGAGAAGGAUAUCAAGAUUGCUAAGGUUGACUGCGUGGACCAAGCUGACUUGUGCCAGGCCAACGGUAUCCAGGGAUACCCACAAUCGCUGCCUGCCGUGUCGGAAGUGACUUCCGCCAAUUACGACGAGUUUAUUAAGGCUGACAGGAUUGUCGCGCUUGCAUUCCUCAUCUCUCCUGCUGACGCGCCCGGUCCAGAGUUCACUGCAACAGCGAACAAACACAGGGACGACUAUUUGUUCGGCUCCACGAGCGAUUCUGCUCUCGCUGAUGUUGCUGGUGUCACGCCACCUGCUAUUGUCUUGUACCGCACCUUCGACGAGCCUACUACCGAGUACCCAUAUCCCAUUGGAUCUGCCAAAGUGGCGGACAUGGAGAAUUGGAUAAAGGCACUCUCCAUUCCUACCAUUGACGAGGUCAGUACGGAUAACUACCAACUCUAUGCCGAAAGUGGGAAACCCCUUGCGUAUCUCUUCCUCGACCCCAGCGAUGAGAAGAAGGAGGAGUAUAUUACCUUGGUCAAGCCUGUUGCUUCUAAGUGGAAGACCAACAUGAACUUCGCUUGGAUUGAUGCUAUUAAGUUUGGUGAUCACGCCAAGGCGCUGAAUCUGGUGGAGGCGAAAUGGCCUAGCUUUGUGAUCCAAGACAUUCAGAAGCAGCUCAAGUACCCGUACGAUCAGAGCAAGGAGCUCAAUGCUGUUGACCUGGACGUCAUGCUCUCAGACUAUGUUGAUGGCAAACUUCAGCCAGAGCUCAAAAGUCAGCCGAUUCCUGCUACACAGGACGAGAGCGUCUUCAACCUCGUCAGCAAGCAAUUUGAGGAAGUUGUAUUCGACGAUGACAAGGAUGUCUUCGUGGAAUUCUAUGCCAGCUGGUGUGGUCACUGCAAGCGUCUCAAACCAACAUGGGACUCCCUUGGCGACCGCUACGCUGACGUGAAGGACCGUGUAGUCAUUGCGAAGAUGGAGGCGCAAGAGAACGACCUUCCACCCAACUUACCUUUCCAUAUAUCCGGCUUCCCCACACUCAAGUUCAAGCAAGCUGGUUCGCGCGACUUCAUUGACUACAACGGCGAUCGAUCACUUGAGAGCCUUGUUGCCUUUGUGGAGGAGAACGCCAAGAAUCCUCUCGAUCCCAAGGUUCCAUUCAAAAAUAACUCACAGCAGCCCGAAAUCGUACAUGAGCCUCACGACGAGCUCUGA